CUGAAAUCGACGACCAUGAAGCGCGGGUCUCAUGCGUCGCCGGAGCGGUCGGCCAAGAAGGCCAAGGCGCCGGACACAGAGGCCUCGAGCAUCCUCCGCGACUUCCUCCUCAACAUCCAGAAGGGCCACGCAGAGCCGCUGCUCGCCUCGCUGCUGGCCUUCCACGCCGCGAUCGAGUGGGCGUCGCCGUUGGACUGCGCCGUCUUGCAGGCGUUCCUUGACAUCUCGCCGCGCGCCGAUCAGCUCUUGGACCUCUGGGGCAGCUCUGUCUGGGUCGACGACAAGAAGCGCGAGCUGUUUGCGCCGCUGAUGGAGAUUCUGACGGCGGUCGCGGCCAAGCUCCGAGCGACAGACGUGCCGGUGGCCGAAGCGUUCGGCCUCGCGAUCCUCAAGAACAAGAUGGACUGGAUCACCAAGCAGCUCACGUGGUCCGACAAGCCGCGCAUCGAGCACGCGACGCUCACGCUCUGCAACGAGCUCGUCUCGACCAACGCGCGCCUCGCCCGCGAGUUUGUUCGGCUCUUUGACUUUGGCGCCAAGUUCUUCGCGACGCUCUGCGGUCGCCGCGCCAAGGACGUGACCAUUCCCGACUCGAGUCGCGUCUUCUCGGUGCGCCAUAGCUUUGUGUGCUUUGUGCUCUCGCUCACCGCGUCGCACGACGAGCACGUGUACCGGUUCAUGGUCAAGGCCGACGGCCCGACGCACAGUCUCUUCAAGAGCAUCGACGGCGACACGCUUCCGGAUGUGACGGCGAUUCUCUCGACGUUGGAGUCGACGGUCCUCGCCAAGGCCGACGUCGCCCACAAGCACAACGUGCUCUCGAUGCCGGCGAUCUCGCAGCUGCUCAAGCUCCUCGAGUCACCCGACGACGCCAUCUGCGACCUCGCCAAAGCGUUUCUGCACAAGAUUUUCUUUGCAGAAAGCGCGCUGUACCACGUGAGCCAGAUCUCGACGCUGCCAUUCCUGACGAAGAAGGGCGCGAAGGCGCUGCAUUUGACCGAGACCGACGAGGCGCCGACGUCGAUCGCCGCCAGCAUUGUCACCAAAGUGCUCAAGUCGUUCAACAUUUCAGCGUCGCUCGGCGACCCGAAGCGCGAAGCGCUCCUGCUCGAGUUCCUCAAGCAUUACCCUGGCCUCGUGCUCCCGCUCUUUGAGUCGUACUUGGUGGUCGUCCAGCCGCGCCCGUCCUUCAAGUGGUUCUCGGCCGCGUCGUUCGUCUUGCAGUCGCUGCGUCUCCCGCUCACGCCACUCGAGGCGACGCUGCGUGCGCACGUCGAUGUCGCGUGCCUCGACGGUCUCAAGCAGCUCUUGCUGCCCGUGGGCCUCACCAAGAGCGUCCUCACCAAGGCGCUUCAGCACACCGACAUGCUCGUCGUCUACACGACACUCAACCUCGUGGCUGUCGUCUUGGCCCGCGUCGCGACCGUGACGGCGCUCUUGUCGAAGGACGUGCUCGCGUUGCUUGAAGCCGACGUGCUGCGUGGCAUGCUGCCGCCGCCCGAGGUCAUGCUCACGCUCUGCACCAAGUACCGGCCCUCGGACAAGGAGCAACAUUCGUCCAAGAUGGAGCUCGUGUGCGCGCGGGCCCUCGGCGUGCUCCAAGCGUACUUUGUGUACCUGCCGCAGACCAUGGGCGAGACCAAAUUCGACAUUUCCAAGCUCCUCCUGCCGUCGCAGGUCGCGCCGAGCUUGCUGGGCGCGCUCUUGCAGCUGCUCCGCGUCGCCGAGCCGCACCGCCUCGCGUACAUCGUCCACGGCGGCGACGCGACCAAGUUCCAGUCCCUGCUGCGCCACUGCUUGAGCGCGCAGCCGGCGAUCGCGACGCUCGGACGCCACGUCGUGCGGCGCACGCUCGCCGCGCUCCAGAUCUUUGGCCUUGCCCCGGUGUACGACACGUACACGCCACACGAGAUCGAUGUGUGGCUCGCGCAACUCGGCCGGCACCCGGACGCGCUUGCUUUCUUCGACAGUCUCGUGCGCGCCGUGGCUGCAAACCCCUUUGCAUGCCCCGGGGCGCCGUCGUUGAGCCCUGUCACGCGCGCGCUCGUCUCGUACUUGAGCAGCGCCGAGAUGCCGCUGCAGCUCAAGGUCAAUGACGUGGCAGCCGCCACUGCAUUUGGCGUCGCCGUGCUUCGCAACCUCCAGCCGCUUUCAAUGGCGCCCCGCGAGCUCGUGCCACCGACGAUCGAGCGCGACCCGACCGGUGUCGUUGCUGCCUUCGUUGCCGCGUGCACCAGCGUCGAGAAGAAGGCUAACAAAGCGUAUGCGCGCACGCUCACAACCACCACGUCCCUCGAGACACUGUCGCCGACCGAGUCGCUGGUCGUUUCGGAGCCGCUCCUGAUCGCGUCCGUCUCGCACCGCUUUGCCGCGAUUGAGCAGUACAUGUCGACGCACGGCAGUGCCUCGCUCUUCGACUCGGACGUGCUCCAAGCCGGCUUUGGGAAGCCGUCGACCAAGAAGCGCUGCAUCGUGACCCACUUCUUCGCGACCGCACCGACGCACGUCGUGCUCCAGUCGCUCUUCCACCCGCACGUGCUGCUCCGCGGCGGCCAAAGCGUUGUGCCAUCGGCGUCGGCGCUGCAGUCGUACCUCUCGACGCGCUUGGCGACGCCGGACGCUAGCGCGACGCUGGCUGCGCUUGACCUCGUCCACAGUCUCUCCGUGUACCUUGCCCGCUACAAAAAGAACGUACCGGCAUCGAAAACGUACAUUAAAGCCAUGCGCGCGGCGGUCUCGGCGCUCCAAUUGCUCCUCGUGCACGUGGCCAUGGACAGCGUGCCGCUCCACGAGUCCUUUUGGCACCGCGUGUGGGCGCACCACGCCGACGUGCUCUCGUUGUCGCGACCGCCGACGACGCGGUGCUCCGUGCCGUACCUCCCCCAGCUCGUGACGCCGUGGGGCGAGACGGGCCCUCUCGCGAUCGCGAUGGCGGCGCACGCCUCGCCGAGCGAAGUCCACGACCUCGUCGACGCGAUGCUGUCGACGACACGCCCGAAUGUGCGCCUCGUGCUGCACCUUCUCGACCUCUCGGCGCAUGCGACGCUGCACCGCCCGUCGCUGUUCGCGCGCGUCGUUGCGAUCGCGCUGUCGCAUCCAAAGGAGGCGUCGCCCAAGGCGUGGCUGCUGCACUACAUCCAGCAGCACCACGUGGAAGACGAUGCGCUCUUAGCCUCACUCUUUGAGUUGUGCUGGACCGACGUGUCGAGCGCGCUGCACCUUUCGCUGCUGCAAGAGCUCGUCGUCAAGAACGCCAAGUGCCGCCUCGCGUUCGCAUCGCUCCGGUCGUCGAGCCACCUCUUGAACGAGGCGUGCCUGCCAGGUGUCUUGGCGGUGGCGGCCACGUACCUCCAGUCGGCGCCGCUCGCGCCCGACUGCGUCCAAUGGAUCCGCGACGUUAUUGUCCCCACGUGCGUCGACGCGAUCCUCGGCGACGACGCCAGCACGUCCAUGACGUCGCUCCCGGCCGUCCUCGACGCGCUGCCCGAGCACAACCUCAGCGGCGACGUCGACUUUCUCGUCGAUGGACUUGUGCAGAACAAGGGCAAAUUGCUGUCCCCGGCGCAGCUUCAAGUGUUCGUGCUCGCGACCAAGCACUACAACCUCGCGCCGAACGCGUUCAAGCUGCUCCAGUUUGCGCUGCAGCAGCUGUCGCGGGCGCCUGCCGGUGUCUCGGCCGACGCGUGUGCGUACGUCGUCGAGACGCUCCUCGUGGCCCACGCCAGCGACAUGAAGAAGCUGCCGACGAUCGCCGCUCAGUCCGUUGUCAAGGCUCUCGCAGCGGACCGCGCGUGGCUCACCGCGCCGGCGCUGCACCGUGCGAUCAAGACCAUGGCCGUGCUUCUGCCGACCACGGUCGACUUUGUCCCGCUGGCGCGCGUCAUCGUGGCCGCCCUCCCGCAGCAGGCCGAGCUAGAGCCGACGCUCGUGGAUGCAUUGGCUGCGAUCCUCGCGACGGCCCGCGACGGCAGCACGGACGAUCUGGUCGACCUUGCGCUUCUGAAAGCGCUUUUGAGUCGGUACAGUGCGUCCUUGUCGCAUGUCGACGUGGCGCUGCAGAGCGUGCUGUCGCUUCUCGAGACCAAGUUUGACGUGCGCUUGGAGACCGCGCACUACUGCUUUGGCAAGGCCAACCACGUCUCGUCGUCGUCGCUCUCCAGCGUCAAGUCGCAUUGGCUCCUCGAAGAAAUCGAGCCGGCCCGUAUGCGCAAGAGCAUCGAGUACUUUCCCCUGCACCGAUCGUUUACCGGCGGCGCAUGCGACGCCGACCAAGAGCAAAGCGUAUACGACCCGGCGUUCUUCCUCCCGCUCGUCGCGCACACGCUGUCGACGAGCCACAUUCCGGACAAGCAGCUCCUCCAGUCGGGCAUCCUCGGGUAUGCGAUUUGCGCGCUCUCGGCCGAAGACGACACGAUCCGGGCGUACGCCUACGGCAUCGUGGCGUCGGCGCACGAAGCCAUGAGCGUCACGGCGCGGUCGCACGACUUUCACGAGCGGCGGCAGAUCCAUCUGCUGCUCGAGACGCUCAAGAACGGCGUGCGCUCGACGCACGAGCGGCUGCCGUCCCUCUUGACGGUGUUUGCCAACGACGCGAUCUCGGUCUUGCUGCGCCCGGGGCACGCCAUGUACCCGCUCAUCAACGCCUUCUUGCUCGCACGGUCGGCGCUUGACACGACCGACGUCCCGAUGUUCUACACGCUCUUCAACUCGAGCGCGACUACGUACCGCCAAGAGCGCUCGUGGCUCCUGCACAUUAUCAAGCGCGGCGUCCGGCUCAACAUUGACGUGGACCUGCUCCAGCGCCGCCACGUGUAUGCGAUUCUGCUCACGUUCUUCGACUCGCCGCUGGCGGACGCGUACACGCAGGACUUUGUGCUGCACAUUCUGAGCCGGUCCGUCGCGACGCCCCACGGCGUCUUCACGCUCGUCCACAAGUUUGGGCUCCUCGCGUGGCUCGAGUGUGCGCUGCUCCGCCACUUUCAAAGCGACGUGAUCGCGCACUGGCUUCUCUCGAUCGCCACGACCGCCAUCGAGGCGUACGAGUCGGCCGAGAAGAACGACGCCAAGUACCGGCUCAACGUCGUGACGCAGCUCCAGCAGCUCUGCAAGACCAUGGUGCAGCACGCAUCGUCGCUGCCCGCGACCUGCGCACCCCUCCUCUCGCGACUGCUUUCCCAGUACGUGGCGUUUGGACUGGCCUCGGCUGAUACGGAUCUGUGGUUCUCGCUCGACCUUCUCGAGUGCUUGGUGCACCGAUCGACGCCGGACGAGGCGCGUGACGUCGCGCAGCUCGUCGCUCGCUGCUUUGCGCGAGUGUCGAACGCGGCGCGGUCGAUGCAGUUCUCGCCCGCAACGUAUGCGCGCUGGGCGGCCCUCGCUGCCUUCGUCGGCGCCCAUCUGAGCGGCGACUUGCCGCAGACGUUCCCGGCGACCGUCCACGCGCUGCUGACGGCCUCGCCCGCGUUUGCGUCGGCCUUCUCGUACAACCGGACAAACGAGUGGGGCAUGGAAUUGUGGUAG